GAUGCCGUGAAUAGAAAUUUUCAAAUAAAUAAGUGCCUAAUUAAACUGCAAGGUCGAAUGAGUUAAUUUUUUUAAUCAUUUCGCAUUAGUAUAUAAAGCAGAUACAAAAUUGAGUUGGAUAGGUAAUAUUUUCAAGUUACUCGUUGGUUCAAGUAUAGUACAAAUAUUUGUAGUAAAUUCAUGAUAUAAGCUAACACAGGCUACAGAAGAUUCUAAGAUGAUUUUGUGCACGGCUUUACUAUUAUUUAUCGGAAAUGGCUUCGCAUCUGCUGAAUCGGAAAACGCUCAAAUUGUGAAAAACGCGACAUUAGUCAGCAAUAGUGUCAGUGGAUUGAGCGUCAACAUUUCCAAACUAGUAUUAAAUGAUUUAAAACCCGAAGGAAAUUUCAUAUUUUCACCUUUAAACACUUACGAAGUCUUGUCAUUGGUGCAUUUGGGCGCUACUGGUACCACCAAAAAGGAGCUUUCCAGUGUUUUGGGACUUCCUGUCGAAGAAAACAAAUCAGCAGCUGAAGUUCGCGAACAUUUCGGAAAAUUGCUGACUAAUAUACAAAAAACGUCCGCCGAUGGGAUCCAAGUAAACAUUGCGAAUGGAGUAUUCGUUCAAAAGGGAUUAAAACUCAAAGAAAAUUAUUUGAACGAGGCGAAAAAUUAUUAUCAAAGUAAAACUCAGCAGUUGGAUUUUGCAAAAGGAGGACCUGAAGCUACCAAUGCUGUGAAUAAAUGGGUUGCUGAUGAAACAAAAAAUCAGGUAAAAGACUUAUUCAAUGACGAAUUAUCAAAAAAUACGCAAAUUUUAACAGCAAGCGCUUUAUACUUCGCGGGAGAAUGGGCCCGUCGUUUCAAUAAAAGUUAUACACAAACGAAAAACUUCAACACAGGAGUAAAGCAGAUUCAAAUUCCAACCAUGACUAAGAAUUUGACGACUCUUUACCUCAACAAUAAAGAUUUGAAAUUCGAAGCAGCUAGUAUAUCAUAUGCCUACGCAGACUUCGUAAUGAUAAUUCAUUUGCCAUAUCCAGAUCAACCUCUCAAAACUCUCGUGAAUUCGCUAAAACCUGAAGACCUUGACCUUUCAAAAACUGCAAAAUCUUUUAAAGCUGCUCACGUUAAUUACCAAGUUCCUCAAAUGAAAUUUCGAUGGACUCACGACAUAACUGAGCAGUUGAAGAAGCUGGGAUUAAAACAAAUGUUCGAUAAAGCUGAGCUGGGUAACAUGGUCGACUCGAAAAAUAUAUCUGUAUCGAAAGUAACACAUACAGCUGAACUUGAAGUCAACGAAGAAGGAACUUUAUCUAGUGCAAUACCUAAAGUGCAGUCUUCAAUUACAUCAACGGAACAGCCUAACCCCGAUACACCUAUUCCGUUUCAUGUUGAUCGACCAUUUCUUUUUUCAAUUUACCACCUCACAACAAAAGUAAUUUUGUUUACAGGAGUGGUGCAGAAUCCGGCUGACGUGAAUGCUUGAAAAGCAAAGUACCUAUUUUAUAGAAUUUAAUGCAUUUUUUGGUGAAUUUGCUCUCUUGAUAAGUGAUUAAUUAUUCGUUUGUAGAAUUUGAUUAAACUAAAUUUUUAAUUCAUUGCAUCAAAAAAUGACGUAGACCUACUUUAUUUUUUCUCAAUAGGUAACUAUCUAGCAAGAUCCGGGCUACACAGAAUAAAAUAUCCGAAAAAAUGUCAUUAAAAAAUUUAUUAUUUUUACCAUUCAUAUUAAAAAAUUUUCAAAAUAG